AAUGAUCCAGCAAUGCCCAAAGGAAUCUGAGGAUGUGACUGUGACUACAUUGGUUCCAAAUGCUAGUGGUGUUAGGGAGUAUGAUCAGGGAACUAAGAAACCGAGCUCAUCUACUGUCAAUCCUAAUGGUUUUGUGGACUGUGAGAUCAUAGAUGUGGAGGAUAGUGAGGAUGAAGAUUCUGAUGCUGUGCCAAUGUAUGUGAAGCACACAGAAGCAAUGCUAGAUGAGAUUGAUAGGAUGGAGGAGGAUGAGGAAUCGGAAGAUCCUAUUAUGGAUAUCGACACCAGCUGCAUGAAGGAUGUACUCAGUGUUGUGAAGUAUAUAGAUGACAUCUAUGCACACUACAGGAAAACUGAGAAUCAAAGCUGUGUCUCUCCAAGUUACAUGGCUCAGCAACCUGACAUCAAUGAGAAGAUGAGGGCUAUUCUUAUUGACUGGCUCAUUGAGGUCCACUACAAGUUUGAGCUUAUGGAUGAGACGUUAUUCCUCACCAUCAAUCUUAUAGACAGAUUCUUAGAGCGCCAAGUGGUGGUCAGAAAGAAGCUUCAGCUGGUUGGAGUGACAGCCAUGUUACUAGCCUGCAAGUAUGAGGAGGUUUCUGUCCCAAUCGUGGAGGAUUUUGUUCUGAUAUCAGAUAAGGCAUAUACAAGGGAAGAUGUCCUUGGCAUGGAGAAGUCAAUGGUUAACAAGUUACAAUUCAACUUUUCUGUUCCUACCCCAUAUGUGUUCAUGAGGAGAUUCCUGAAGGCUGCUCAGUCUGACAGAAAGCUUGAGCUUCUGUCCUUCUUCCUCAUUGAGCUAUGCUUAGUGGAGUACGAAAUGCUAAAGUUUCCACCAUCUCUGCUAGCUGCUGCAGCGAUUUACACUGCUCAGUGUAGUCUUUCAAAGUUCAAGCAGUGGAGCAAAACCUGCGAGUGGUAUACCAAUUACUCAGAAGAUGAACUUCAAGAAUGCUCAAGGAUGAUGGUUACUUUCCAUCAGAAGGCUGAAACCGGUAGGCUAACAGGAGUGCAUAGGAAAUACAGUACUUGGAAGUUUGGCUAUGCUGCUAAAGCUGAACCAGCUGAGUUCCUCCUGAAUCCCUGACACUUCGCAGGGUGAUGAUCAAAUUUAAUGGGCGAAAAGGAUUACCAAUUUCAAGGUCUUUUCUUCAGUUUUCACUGAGCAACAGAAGUUGCCCUGGGGGGUCUUAGUGAAACCAAAUAUGGGGAUGAUGGGUUUCUUCUUUUGUUGCCAACACAAAACAUCUACAUGUAUUUUUCUGUCUUAGUCGUUUUCCAUUGACAACUUAAUGAUUUCUAAGUUUCAAAUGGUUGCUUUGAUGUGAAUAUAAAUAUGUUUGAUCUCUCCCACAUUAUUGCUACCUAUAGCGUAAUUUCCAGGGUUUUAAUCGAUUUUGUUAUUCCAGGGUUUUAAUCGAUUUUGUUUUGAAGAGAAGGGAACCGAAUGGAAGUAAUUGACCUAAUGAAAGAAAUUAUAGAAAAGCAAAUACAAACGGAACGGUUUGAUACAUUAUAUCACCUCAUCAAUUGAGGAUUACGGAAUUGGUAAAAUGUUUAUAGUGAUUACGCUUGUCAUGUUAAUGCUUCAAGUAUGCCAUUGGCAGUUUCAGCUGGCAUGUGUUUAUGGGGAAUAGAUUGAGAAAUGUAAUAGCAUCUGAAGGGACACUGGAAUGCAUUAGGCGGCAAAAUGAGGUUCAGUGCUUUCUCCUUUCCAAAAUAAUGAAAUAAUGUUUUUGAUCAAAGCAAGCAUCUCAGUUCGAUGACUUCGAUCAAAGUUUUAUAACAAGGUAUCUGUUUGUGAUGGGUUAUUGAUGGUCUUAUGAUUUGAUUGAGAAUGAAAGAGCUUAAAAGCAUUAUAGUAUGAAUCUGACGAUGCAAUAUGGAUGAUUUUGAUGCUUCUCUUGUCUACAAGAGAUUUCAUCAUUCGUUUUGGUUAGUUCUUCCGGCGCGGUUGAAGAGCAGGAAGGAGAUUAUCUCUAUGGAACAGGGGAUUCUCUGUAUCCUGCUUUUCCAGGCGUUAUUUGCAGUCGACAAAAUCAAUGAAGGAACAGAGAAGAAACAGAAAGAGAGAAUUCGGUAACAUUGUUUUGUAAGUGAGCAUAGCUCAAAGUGGGCUGUGUAAGAACACUUCGAGAAAAACUAAAAAACAAUCUUAGAAUAAGAGAAAAAAGAGCAUGCAUACGAAGUAAAAAAAGAAUAAUUAGAAUCAACUCAGAUCUACCCUCAUGACACUGUGGUGUGAGCAUAAUAUUGUUUUGGGUUUUCUUUUUGCCGUUCACGCAUUAUGAAAAUUUUCACAUUUUUACAAGAAAACUAAGACGGAUGUAAUUAACAUGUUUAAUGUCAGUAACUUUCGAAUCAAUUGACUGAGAAAGGAAUUCAUUAAAAAGGGCAAAGCCCAAAACAUUACACAAACCAACAAACUGCAAAGCCUAGAGAGAAGGAAGAGAACAAAACUGAUGCAUUCAUCUCAGAUGCUAAGAAAAGAUAAUGCAGAAGGACAUCAGUAACAAAAAUAUUGGAGGAAACCAAAGAUGGCUUCCAACUAAACUGCCACCGACGGUGGACAUGGCAAAUCGUCGUUCCGGAGUACAUUCGAGAGAGAUGAUGGUGACCGGUUGACCCAUUGGUUAAGACCCAUCAUCCUUUUUCCAAGUAAAGCUGCAACAUUUGCAACUCGAAUCAAUUGACUUUAAGUUAGAUUUAACAAUUACAUCGAAAAUGACACAUCAACUUGAGUCAAUAGUGUUUUGGGGGCGCCUCUCAGCGGGGAGAAAAGUAAAAGUUAACUUUAUGAGGUUGGACGAAGCAAGAUGUACAUACAAGCUUAACACACGAUAAAAACAGUAUACUCCGAUAAGUUCUUCUUAAUUGGGAGAGGGACAACUUCUCUCCUACGAGUAAUAAUAACAGACCUAAUAUGUUUAUGUAUUUUAGGCUCUCUAGUUUUUGCAUAAGAGCAUCUCCAACAGCUCAUGUAAAAUUAGUAUUAUCUCUAUUUUAGAGGAAAAAACACCUUUUUUUUAAUAUUUUUUAUACUUAAUAGCUCAUGUAAAACGGUUGAAUAUGAUAGUCACAUAUCUCUUUGGAGUUGCUAACUGUUCCUUCUAUAUCUUUUUUCAAAUAUCGUUAAAGGUGAUUUUUCUUUAUGCCAAAUUUUU